UGGCCCCGUGGCCCUCGUCCAGGACCUUUCAGCUUGGUUGCUUCUCCAUUUCUGAUGUGCUUAAUUCUCAUGGAGCUGCAUUCGUAACCAUGGCAACUCGGGUCGAAGUUGGCUCUAUCGCAUCCCUGAGGGCGGGGCCUGGUCUCGGUGACAUCAGCAGGGAGGAAACCCUGAAAAGGACCUACUUUUGCCAGGCUGGGGACGUCUGUGGGGCACCUUCCACCAGGGUCCUAAGUGCAAAGAGCCCCCUUCAGGCCCGCCUUUGCCCACUGCCCACUGCUCCCAGACCUUUCCUUAAGGAGCAGGUGCCUGAGAGGAAGGCUUCUGUCAAAUCCUCGUGGCCUGGCGCCACCCAGCCCUGUCCUUCAGCCCAGACUGCCAAGGAGGAAGCUAAGGUGGACUUGGGUAAAAAGAUGCCGAGCUUAGCUGGUGAGGAGGCAGACAGAGGGGAGGUCCUGCAGAAUGGCCCGUCUGUGUCUAACAAAGCCACAUUCCUGAGAUCUGGCCCCAGCACCAUGGGCCUCUUUGAAACAAUCAAAACUGGACCCAGUCUGGGCAAAGGAACCAGCGAGGGGAGCCGGGAGGCCAGCUCCCGGGCAACCCAGGCAUCUCCCUUAAGUGCCAGGCCUGAGGUGGCCACCAAGCCUGCCCUACCCGCUCGGAAACCCCCAGUGACUCUGCCUCGGCCAACCUCCCUGUCACAGGACCCUGGGUCCACUUUAUCUCAGGGGGAGGCAGGCCGAGCCCAACCUUCGCCAGAGGUCCACAGUGUGGAGAACCCAGCUGGCCAGGCAUCAGGCGCCAAGCCUCACCCGAAGAGACGACCUAUGUCAGCGGUGUUCACCGAGUACUUGCAGCCCCCAAAGCCAGGCUCGGGUGGAGUGGCCAUCACGGGUAAAGUCCCCCCUACACCUCCCGAGAAGACGUGGGUGAGGAAACCUAGGCCUCUGUCUGUGGACCUGACUUCUAUCUUUGAGAGUGGAGACACAUUUCUGAGGAAGGUGGCUAGUGAACAGAGCACAGCAGAGCGCCAGGGCCCAGAGAGGGCCAGCAUGGAGCCCAGGGUUGAUGUAGAUCCUGCCCGCACGGAUGCCAUGCCUCAGGACCCUGAUGCGGACUUCCAGGAGCUGUCCAAGAGGCUCCAUGCACGAAGGGAGAAGAUAGCUCUCAAGCAGACAGAGACGGACAGUCCCAGGACUCCAGGGGCCAUGGCCAGCCCUGAGGACAAUCAGAGUCCCCUGGAAGGGGAAGCCAUGUUAGGCCAGCAGUCAGAGAAGGUGCAGGAGUCCCCUUCACCCAGACCUGGAAGAGGCCAGGGGCUGGCUGAGGUCAAGGGUGGAAGGUUUGACCAGGAGGCUUCUGCACGGACAGAGAGGAAGCCCACAGGAAGCGUCAGGAAGCGCCUCAGUCUGUUUGGAGAAGACAGUGCUAUGGCCGUAGCAGUGGUAUCUGAGCCCGCCCCCGUGACCCCAGAGUCCCCGUCCACAGUGCCAGAGCCUUCGAGGGCUGGCGUGAAUGUUCAGGCUCGGAUCAAAGGCUGGACUGUGGAGAGCAAAGGGGAGAAGCCAGAGGUCAGGAGAAGAACGUCCCAGGGACGGCCAUUGCCUGCGGAUUUGACCAAACUGUUCUCGCGGUCCACUUCGAACCACGAGAUCGGGCACGAGAAGUGUGCCACGCUGGGUGGCGAGCCCGCUGGGGAGAGAAGAGAAAAGCUUAAGGAAAGGCAUGGUUUGGAAGGAAGCCCUGCCACAAAAAGUCCCUGGAAGUCUGGGGUUCCCCAGAAGUCUAAGCAGACAGAGCUCAAAGAUGCCUCCGUCCAGGACCCUGACAGGUGUUGGAGUACACGCUCAGUGGGAGACGCGGGCCCUUCUGAAGUCAGUCCGGAAGAUGACGGAAGCUUCCAGAAGGUGUGGGCCACAGUGUUUGAACAUAACGUCGAGAGACACACAGUGGCUGACCAGGCAGGCCGUUGUCUCUCGACCACACCCCCUUGUGAUGUGGCCAACACACCAGAUCCCAAACCCAGGCCUGAGAAUUGGCCAGGGAAGGAGCCACCAGGAGUAACGGACAAGAGAGACCGCUCCAGGUGGUUGGACCAUGCUGACCUGGGGAUGCUGGGACGAGCUGCCCUUGUGGAUGUGGAACCGAGACCUGUCCCCGAGAUUCACCCCAUGGAAGAGAGGCAUAGCCGCUCUGUCCUGAUUCAUUUGGAAAGUCCCCCUGUGUCCCAGAGGGUCCAGCCCCGGUAUGACAUUGUGAACGCCUCUGGGGAGCGUGCACACAGCGAAGCUGUAUCCAGGGUGCCCGAGGAGAAGGCGGUGACCCUGCGCAGCAGCAGAUCCCGGCUCUCGCUGUCAGGCCGGCAGCUGUCUCAGGAGGUCAACCCUACUUACCUGGAGUGCUCGAAGCAGGCUAAUGGGGGUACCGUCCAAAGGGCAAGUCUGAUAUGGGAAGCUCGGGGUAAGGAAGCCGGUGGAUCAAAGCCUGACUGUCAACAGCCAAGGGAUGGACUUGGGGGCACUUGCCAGUCUCCCAAAUGGACGGGAGGGGUGGGGGCAAGCUGGCACAGCAGCUCCGUGGUCCUCAAGGAUCUCAGUAUUGCCCAAAGGAGCCCAACCUUGAAUUUCUCUCUAGGUCCUCCAUCCAGGGCCAACAUCGAGCCCCGUGACUCCCAAGUACAGGCAGGGACAGACUCGUUGUCCCUGCAGAAAGUUCCCCUCGUGGUUACCGGUGAGGAUAACCCAAGGCCGGCCCAGGUGUCCCAGCCUGAAGUCAGAAUGCGGAGAUCCAACCCUUCGGAGCCGAGGGUGGACAGGUUGAGGCGUCGGACUUUGCCCCAUGACGUGAAGUUUGAUUCGUUCAACCUCCUCGGGCCAGAGAGCACUUCCAAAAGGCAGCAGAGACCAGCAGACGGUCUGACCUCCCCAACCUGUGCCUUAAAGAGACCUCCAUUGUCCCACCAGCAGGCACAAACUCAAGAGGUGACACCGGAUGCUUCACAAGGCAGGACUUUCCCUGUGGAGAAGCCGGGGCCAUCUGCAGAGCCCACCACAACUUUUUUCGCAGUGACUUACCAGGUUCCCGAUAUUCAGAAGGCCAAGAGUGUGGUUAAGUCAGGGCCUGAAAACGUGUCGGAACCUUCCAGAAAAACACCUCCACCUCUGUCACCUCGCUUUGUUAGCUCUGUUUUGGUUUCCCCUGGCCAUCUAGAGCCAUGGUCUCCCACCAUCAGUCAGGGCUGCGCUAAGGAGAGAGAGUAUGAAGAAGCACGGAACCUCUCAAAUCACAUGAAGUCCACAGACCAGCCGACAUCUGCAGGGGACAGGACUCUGGAUCCUUCCAGGGACAGAGUCAUCGAUGUGGACGCUUUGUGGCUUCAUCGAGGUUCAGAUGAUGGUGCCGUGAAGGACCGCAAGAUCGGGGCAUCCUCGGGCAGGGAUGUCCCGCAGACAUCUCCGGUCCUGAGGCAGAGGCCCAAAAGCCUCCUGGUGAGGAGGAGGACAGAAGUGAUUAGCGAAACUUUCCCAGGGAAGAUGAGAGAUGGCUACAGAUCUGGCGUCCUUGACCUUGAUGCUCUGAUGGCUGAUUACAAGGAGCAGUUGAGUAGAAUUCCCAGCAAGACCCAAGAGCAGCAGGAGAGCCCCACAGAACUCAGCGGCUCUCCUCGGGAGAGAUCAGGUUGGCCCAAGGAGGUGGAGAGGAGACGGAGGAGCCUGAAGGAGACUCCCCAGUCAGACAGUGUAGGGCAACAAGCAGGGCCCUCUGUGAAAGCUCUCCACGCCCCUGGCCCCAGCAAGCACCCAGCAGAGCCUCUAGGGACAGCCAUGGCCACCAAGACUAGCCGGCCGCUGUGGGCACCACCACACUCAGCUUCUGGGGAAAACUGUCUCUCACCUUCUCCCAUCCCUGCUGGAUCCAGGGGAAAGCCUCCAGGCAUCUCUGAGUUUGAAAGCAAGCCCUCUUCCAGUGUGCACCAGGGUACAAAGCAUAGGCAAAUUUCAGCCAAGUCCCAGGAGCCAGGCAGUGGGGACCCAGUCUCCCCGAGGUCACCUCCCUCUGACCGGAAGAAAGGGACUCCAAGGAGAUCCACUGGUCAGGGAGUGGAAGGCAAUGGGGUGCAGUGGGGAACUCCCCCACGCGAUUCUACCUGGUCACCCCUGGACAUCAAGAGGGCCAGCUCAGAGAAGGGCCCGCCAGCCAGGAUCCAGGAGGGCCUGUCCGUCAUGCAGGACGCCAGGCAGCGGAGGCGAGAACAGUCCAAAGGGAAGCUGGACCUCCCUGCCGAGACUCCCAAGGCUGCCAUGGGACCCUGUCAGAGGGAUGCGAGGACUCCGGAAGGCCCUAAGGCGCCUCUGCAGAACUUGGAGCAGAGGGACGGCCGGCAGGAUGGCCAGCAGCCUCAACGGCAGGUGUCCCCCGUUGCCUCCGUCCCUAGGCGAAGUCACAGCUUUUGCAAGGACAAGAGGCACAGCCCCCUCGUGAACCAGCUGAAGCAGUGUUUCUCCAGGCGAGCGCCCGAGGCCAAGGACACUGACACCCUCGUGCAGGAAGCCGACAGCCAGUAUGGGACCUGGGCAGACCAGCAGCAGAACGGGGGCAGUUUUGGCCCCGAGUCUCCGUCUCCUGACAGCAGUGCCGCGUCUGCGGGAAAGCAGCCCCCAGGCAGUCAUUUGUCCUCGUACACCGAGUCCACAUCGGUGGAACAGCAUGACAGCUCCAGGGACCGGCGCAGCUCCAGCGUGGACCGCUCCAGUUCUGAGUUGGAGUCCACAGAUGGCCCAGAGGGGCCACCUCCAUCAGACGUCUGCCCUGCAGAGGGAGAGGAUGAUUUCUCCUUCAUGCAUCAAACCUCAGUCCUCGACUCCAGUGCCCUCAAGACCCGGGUGCAGCUGAGUAAGCGAAGCCGUCGCCGGGCGCCCAUCUCUCACUCACUCCGGCGCAGCCAGUUCAGUGAGUCUGAGAGCCGGUCCCCUCUGGAAGAGGAAUCACACAGCGCGUGGAUGUUCAAGGACUCGACAGAAGAGAAGUCGCCCAGGAGGGAUGAAUCCGAUGAAGAGCCGCCCAGGGUGGAGAGGACCCCCGUCAGCCACCCGCAGAGGAUGCCCGUGUUCCCAGGCAUGGACCCAGCUGUGCUGAAGGCUCAGCUGCCCAAGAGGCCAGAAGUGGACAGUCCUGGAGAAUCUCUCAGCUGGACACCCCAGCCCAAGAGCCCUAAGUCGCCCUUCCAGCCCGGGGUGCUGGGCAGUCGGGUGCUGCCUUCCAGCACAGAGAAAGAGGAGAGGUCAGAGGAGUGCUCGCCACAGUGGCUAAAGGAACUGAAAUCCAAGAAGAGGCAGAGCCUGUAUGAGAAUCAAGCUUGACCAGACAGGAUAUCACUACACCCGUAAACUCAAGCCUUAACUGCCGGAUGUCUAAACCUGAGGCCAAGCCACCCGCUCCUCCCUGACCAAGCUCCUGUGCCUGGGCCUUUCCACCCUGAAGACACUGUGCUGAGCCCCAUCUGGGUCCCCACAGGAAGACCCUGUCCCGGGACUCGCUCCAGUCCACAGAAAGAUCUUUCAGUUCUCCUUAAAGAAGUGUCCCUGCCUGUGGAUCGGCCUUUGGUGUGACAGUUGGCUGGGAAGUCAGCUCUUGGGCUCCCUCCUGGCAGCCCUUCGGGAAGGACUUUGAUGAGCAAGCUCGAAUGGCUCUUGGGUGGCAAAGGUCGCCAUCCAAGCAUUACACUGGUGUCUCCCGGGUUGGAUUUGAUCCCCCACCCCCUUUUUGACAAGCUCUUCUUUCCCCACUAAGAACCUACAUUCUGAUUUCUAAGCACAGCCCCACCCCACCCUGUCCAUACCCUUAUUCUUCCUGUGAGGCCGUGUGCACAGUUGGCCUGGGUCUCACCGAUUUUGUGUUUGCUUUAGAGGGGGAUAAAGCAAUAAUGUAGCCAAUUUCCCCUGAACCUUGACAAGUGCUUGCUUAUGUCUCAGCAUUGACAGCAGGAAGAGGCAGACAGUGUCCAGUUGCCUCCGGUUACCUGAGCGCUGUCCAAGCCUACGAAAGCUUUUGACUUUCACCCUUGUCCAUGUCUGGGUUGUUCUGAUCUCCAUGGGGGCAGCCUUUGCCCCCCGAGUCUCAAGCGUUACGACCGAACCUCGGUUGGAAUUGUCCGUGCCCUGGUCAACUCACAUACCGGACCUGCUCUUUCUGAACAUUCAUAUCCUGCUGGAGAGAAGACACGACUGAGUCAACUUGGAUCAGACGGGUCCCUGACCCCGCCUUCCAUGACCCAUGAUCCAUUUGGCCUAGUGAAUGUCAGGCUCUACGUGGAUGCUGUUCGAACUGAAAGGCCCCUGUAGUGGGAGCCCCAGGUCAGAUGCUGGGCCACGAGGUCUACGAUGUCCUCCAUUGUGCUACCUGCAUGCUCACUCCAGGGAGGCUUAACUUCUGUAUUCCUGGGCCUACUCUGUCUUUUUCUUAAGCCUUCAAGGUGACAUCAGAUGCCCCAGCACCAGCCAUCAUGCCAGACACACCAGGCCAGCUGCCUGCAGCAUGCCGACAGCUUUCAGAGACCUUUUUUAAAAUCUUGCUUUGGUGACAACCUUGGUAGUCCCAAGGUGGUCCAUGGCUGUGGAGGGCUCUGGGUCAGGUACUCUGAUGGAUGCCUGCCUGGCACUUGUGCCCACCACUGCCCUGACGUUCUCAGAGGCAGAAGUUGUUCUCUGUAAAUCAAUUUCUUGCAAGUGGUGUCAAGACCAGCCUCCCCCAUCCAUGGCUGCUCCUCUGUUUCUUGCCUCUGCUCCCUUCUCAUCAGCCCCUCUCUGCCCGAUUUCCCUUUGGAAGGGUAUGGUGGGAACUGACAGCCAUGCUUGGUGUCUCUGGUUAGGAUAGUCGCCUGUGACUGUGGGCUGAGGUGUUCAGCACCAAGGAGAUGGCAGGUCCCACCCGCACCCCACCCUGUACUCUGGCUACAGACAGGAGCCAUAGUCUGUUUACCCUGUACCCUACUCUCUUUCUUCCCUGAGCUAGUGGUGAGCCGGCAUGCCCCUCUGAAAUCACUUGGGGUUCGGUCUCCCCACAGAUGCUCCCAUAGUUUGUCUCCUGGUUUUGUUUUUGUUUGUCUGUUUUGUUUUUGUUUUGUUUUGUUUUGUUUUUGAUCAGUUUUGUAUUCUGCAGCAAUUUUGACCCAGUAGCUUUCCAGGGAGUUUUUUUUUUCAAACACACUACCAGGACUGAGAAUAUGGCUCACUGGCAGAAUAUGGGUCUAACACACAGGAGGUCCUGGGUUCUGUCCCCAGGUCCACAUAAACCAGGUGUGGUGGUGCACAUCUGUGCGAUUCUAGCACCUGGCAGAUAGGAGGAGGGAGGAAGAAGAGGGGGAGGAUGGGGAGGCGGCUCGGAAGUCUAAGGACAUCCUUGGCUGUGUAGGAAAGCUGCAGGGCAGCCUGGCCUAUGAGACACACUCAAACAGAACAAAGCAACAUUCUGCUCGUGAUUUGAUUCUAACUUGUCUUGACUCCUUCUGGGGACUAGGAGCCUAGUGUAAAUAAAGACCCUGGCAGCAGGAAAGUGCUCCUGUCUUAAGUAUUGGAAGGCACAGGGGAAUCAAAAUGAGCCUACCUUGUCUCAUUACCUAACCCCUCACACCUGAUAAGACCUCGCAUGUGGACCUCGGCUCUGGCCAGGGCAAGCUUCUGUAUCUCACUCCUCAGAACCCAAGAUCUGACUAUCUCACUGGGUGACCUGCUGCAAGUUGGUUGUGCCCUGUUUAGGGUUGAUGCAGCACAGCGAGCAGAGAGGCCCAUGCUCGGAUCCUUAGCCGAGCUGAGCGGCUGGCUCACUUAGUUCUCUUUUUAAAACCAGGUGAGGUUCUGGGGCCAAGUAGUAAUGUUGUAUGCCUCACCAGAACCGUCCGUUUAAAGGAACCUAAUAUGCCUUAACCGUGUGUGCACUUCAGACACAUUUGUCCCCUCCCCCAGCCCUCCCUCCUGGUGACUGGCUGUUUGCAGAGUCUCACGUAGGCUCCAUCACCUCCUCUUUGCCCAUCAGCGUUUUGACAUCUGGCCUUCGGGUCCAGCCCUUCCAUCCAGUAGAUAGGCAUUCUGCAUAGCUCCUGGCCUCAAACACAGAGGAGGCCUUUGCACUGUGAGAUGGCAUGGCGCUGUCAAGUGUCCUCAGCUCCAGCAGAGAAACUGGGUGGUCCUUGGGGAGUCAGAGCCUAGUGUAAAAUGUAUCUUACGCCCCCGGGUUGGAUGCAGGGACAGAUGGGAUCAGACAGGUUUGUAGAGUACGGGAGCGAGCGUUCUGUCUAGAUGCCCAUUUUCCUUCUGCAAGAUGGCCGCCUCCAGGAAGUAACUGCUAGGGCAGAGAGUUAGAAAUAGACCCAAGUCCUCAACCUGAAGAAAACUCAGCCAGUCCUGGUGUGUGUGUGUCGGGGUGGGCAGCCGGGUAAGGGCUGGCUUUACUGCCACUCAUCCUGGUGCCCACAGGUGAUCACACCCUGGGUCUAGGUUUGAUUGAAAAGUGAAAAGCCACUCCCACCCCCUGGUGAUAUUCAGCCCUGACAAAUCAUUUGGGCAACAGAGAUGCGGUGCCCUCCAAAUGUGCCUUUGCCCCACCACCUGUCCAUAGGGAGCGUUCCCGACAUGGCUGGGGACUAGCAGGGCUCACUCAACAUCUCUGAGCUUGCCUUGGCCUCAAGCCCCUCAGUGAGAGAGGAUCUCUGUCGACAUUUCUGGAAGGUCACGUUCCAGAAGGCAGGAGGCGUGGCUUCCCCAUCCCGGUCCCUCUCCUGUGAUCUCAUUACACCCUAGAACAUCCCUUGUCUCCGUGGCUCCCACAGCGAAGGACACCUCAUAGCAUCCUUUACUCCACCCCCCAAGAGUCACCUGGGCCGUGACAAUCCCUGGCAGCACCGAGCCAGCUUUAAAAAAAAAAUCUGUUAUCCUCUAGAGGACAAUCUGCUUUUUAAAUGUUGUCCCGUGUCGCCUUACAGAAUCUGUUAUAUGGGGCUCACAGGGGUUGUAUAUUGAUCUACGGAAGGCGUUUGUACCAAACUGUUUCUUACUCUGUUCUAGAAUGAUCACGGUCCUCCUCAACAUGCUUUGUAUGCUGGGGUGGGAGAACGGGAUGAUAUAUGUGACUGUAGGAUAUAUUUUCCUAACCGUUCCUCCGGGUCCUACCUGGGAUGUUUGCAUCGCGAUGGGGACGGACUUGCAAAGGUGCGCCUCUCGUCUGCGACAUUCUGACAGCUGCCUUACCAAUCCACAAGCUGCAGGACUUCUGAAGGCAGAUGGUGGGCACCGUAGCCAGCCCCAGGAAGAACCUGACUGUGUGACUGAGAAUUCAUCUAUUAAAAAAAAAAAAGUAUAUUUUUACUGUCAAAACAAACGGGCUUCCCGGACUUCACAGUGGCCGGAUGUCCCCUGUGCUUUUAUAUUUUGUCACUGUAAGAGGUUUUCUGGCACAGACAAGCAAGUCAGGAAAUCCAGCUGACUGCACUAAAUGGGGUGAACUCUGCAUGUGCAAAGGGGGCACACCCAGACUACAAAAAAAAAAAAAAAAAAAAAAAAAAAAAAAAA